ACGUGGCGGGAGGGGCGAAGGUCACGUGGCGUGAAAGAUGGCGGCUCCAGGCGAGCGAGAAGCGGGCGGCGGCGCAGAGGAGGCGUUCCUCACCUUCUACACCGAGGUGAAGCAAAUAGAAAAGCGAGACUCUGUUUUAACAUCAAAAAACCAGAUUGAGAGGCUUACUAGGCCCGGAGCAUCCUAUUUCAACCUGAAUCCAUUUGAGGUAUUGCAGCUGGAUCCUGAAGUUACAGAUGAAGAAAUAAAGAAGAGAUUCCGUCAGUUAUCCAUAUUGGUGCAUCCUGACAAAAACCAAGAUGAUCCUGAAAGAGCCCAGAAGGCAUUUGAAGCUGUUGACAAAGCGUACAAGCUGUUGCUGGACCAGGAGCAGAAGAAGAGAGCCUUGGACGUGAUUCAAGCAGGGAAGGAAUAUGUGGAGCACAUUGUGAAAGAGAAAAAGAAACAGUUAAAGAAAGAAGGCAAGCCAGCCAAUGUCGAAGAGGAUGACCAAGAAGUAUUCAAGCAGGCUAUCUACAAGCAGACGAUGAAGCUCUUUGCUGAACUGGAAAUCAAAAGGAAAGAAAGAGAAGCAAAAGAAAUGCACGAAAGGAAGCGGCAGAGAGAAGAGGAGAUUGAGGCACAAGAGAAAGCCAAGCGCGAGCGAGAGUGGCAGAAGAACUUUGAGGAGAGUCGGGAUGGCCGCGUCGACAGCUGGAGGAACUUCCAGGCAAAUACAAAAGGGAAGAAAGAGAAGAAAAACAGGACCUUUUUGAGGCCCCCGAAAGUGAAGAUGGAGCAGCGCGAAUGAGCCGGUUUUCUCCCAGGCUCUGGAAGGACUCUCCCGUACCACCGCAUUUAAACCUUUUUUGCUUUUCCAGUAGGAUCUUUUUGUUUUCCAGUAUGAUUGAAUCUUGGUCAAAGUAUUUUCCCCUAUCCUGUACUCUGCCCAUUUGCCUGAGGUUCAUGGUGUGAUGUCCAGGGCCCAGCCCCACCGAUCUUAGAACACUUGGCUUACGUAGGAAG